AUGCAAGUUUAAAGUCAACCAAAAGAAAGCACACUAAGCAUAGCAGUGAAUUAUGUCAUUUAGAAAUUGAAGAAAGAAGAUUAAUUUUUAGAAAAUGAUUUUAUCUCAUUGUAGAAAUUGAAUAAAUUGCACAAUGAAGAUAAUUUAGAAAUGGAGUUGAAUUUUGAAAGUAAAAUUAAAAAAAAUCAAGACUAAAUAGAGUUAGCAAAAAGUGAAAUUAAGGAAUAUCUCUCAUUAAAGAAUUCGCAACUGAUAGGAUUUGGAUGCUAAUCUUAUGUAUUUUCUAGUGUAGAUCAUAAUAUGAAUAGAUAUGCUGUUAAAUGUUUUAACAUUUGUAAAAAUGAUAGUGAAGAAAUAGACUCUGAAAAAUUAAAAAAGGCAGAAUUUGAAGCUCAAGUGCUUCUUAAUAACAGGAAUUAAAAUGUAGUAUAUUGUUUCAAGAGUGUUAAAGGCAAUAAAUUUUAUUUAAUCCAAUUAGAGUAGUGUGUUGGCACCUUAAGUGAGUUGAAAGAAUAGAUAGGCCAUUUAGGUGAAAACUAGUUCAUUUAGUAUUUUAUUGAUCUUAUGAAAGGAUUAAAAUUUACUUAAAAUAAUAAAAUGAUUAAUCGAGAUUUAAAACCUGACAAUAUAUUAAUUGGCUUUGAUGGUAGACUUAAACUGAGUGAUUUUGGUUUAUCCUAUCAAUUAUAGAGUUUCAGUAAUAAAUAUGCCUCAUCCAUUGAAGGAAAUUGUUAUCACUUUGCUCCUGAGCUUAUGGAUGAGAACAUCAAAAAAAUGAUUAAGAAACAAACAUAAUUUGAGUCUAAGCAAUCAUUUAAAACAGAUUCGUUUGCUGCUGGAUUAAUUUUGCUAAAUUUAAUAUGUGAUAAUUCUAAUUUCAAUUAUUAUCAUCUUUUGUUCUCAGACGAGUAUGUAUAAAAUAUGCAAUUUAGUUGGCUAGACCACUUUAAAUUGAAAAAUCCUAUUGUUUAAAUGUUAAAAUCUCUUUUAGCUUUUUAUCCAUGGUAGAGGGCAGACCCAGAUUAAAUAUUGCAACAAUUUGAAGAUUUAAUUAAUUAGAAUCCAUAAAAUUUGAUUUUGAAAACUGAAUUUUUUUUCGAUCCUCUUAGCUCACAAGAUUACUAAAAACUGUAGUAAAUAAAAUGUGGUAAUUUUAUCCCUGUUAACUAAUAUUCUUCCUAUCUACUACCCUUCAAUUAUGUGUAUUCACUAGCCUAAAAAAAAUAUAAUCAUAACUAAAUUUAAUAAUAGAAUCAAAAUCAACUAAUUAUAGAUUGUUAAAAUUAAAUGUAACAAAAGAUUUUAUCAUUAGAAUAAAAAAUGAAUCAAAUUAGUGGCUAAGUAAUUAAUUCUACUUAAAUAAAUUAAUUUUGUACGAAUUUUAACUAAAAAAUUCAAAAUCUAGCAAAUUAGUAAGAGUAAAACUUUAAAAAAAUCUAACAAAUAGAAUCAUCAAUUUUCUCUUAGAUGUAAAAGACAGAUAAUUAUAUUAAUUAGUUAGAUUAAAAAAUCUAAUAGCAAAUCAAUUAAUUUUCAAAUAAAUAUGUUGAUAGUUAAACAUACAACAGCAACUUUUAGUAAUUAAAACAAGACUUUGAAAUGUUAAGAUAAUAACUAAAUGAAAAUCAGCUUACUGUAAACAAUGAAAUUUAAGAUUUUAAAUAGUAGUUUACUCUACAAUACCAAUAAAUAUAAUAUUUGCACUAAGCAAUUCAAUUUAAUAAUGCAAACAAUUGCUAAAAUGACACAAAUUAUCAAUAGCAAUAAAAUCCUAACUAUAAUAUCAACAAUAAUUUGAAUGAUUAAAAUAUCAAUUAAGCAAAUCUACCACACACUUUUUAAGUAUAAAAUUAAAAUAUAACACCAAAUUUAAUAACUAAUUAAAAUGCUUAAUAAGAUUAACAAAAUUUUUACUAGAAAUAGUAAACUUUGUAUGUAAACUAAAAUGAGAAUCCUUAAAAUGAAUAAAAAUAAUUCUAAAUAACAAAAUAAGAAUAAUAAACCUAGCAUUUUAAUAAUUAGAACUACUAAAACUAAAAUAAUUAGCCUUAAAAUUAAUAGUAAUAAUAAUAAUAACAAUUCUAGAUAACAUAAUAGUAAUACCAACAACAAACAUAAUAAAUUAAUAAUUAAAACUAAAUUAACUCAAAUGAAUACCUUUUUAAUUAAUAAAAAUAAUUCUAAGUAACCUAACAGCAAUAAUCAACAUAAUCAUUUUAGAAUGAUUAAUAAUAAUAAUAAUUUUUAGUAACUUAAUAGUAAUAUCAACAACAAACAUAAUAAAUUUAAAACUAAAAUUAAUAGAAUAUAACACCAAAUUUAAUAACUAAUUAAAAUGCUUAAUAAGAUUAACAAAAUUUUUACUAGAAAUAGUAAACUUUGUAUGUAAAUUCAAAUGAGCUUCCUUAAAAUGAAUAAAAAUAAUUCUAAAUAACAAAAUAACAAUAAUAAACCUAGCAUUUUAAUAAUUAGAACUAAUAAAACUAAAAUAACUAUCCUUAAUAAUAGUAAUUCUAAAUAACAUAAUAGUAAUAGCAACAACAAACAUAAUAAAUUUAUAACUAAAACUAAAUUAACUCCAAUGAAUAACUUUUUAAUUAAUAAAAGUAAUUCUAAGAAACCUAACAGCAAUAAUAUUCAUAAAAAUUUUAGAAUUAGAAUUAAAUCUAAUAGAAUGAAAAUUAAUUUAAUUAGCAAAAGCAAUUCUAAGUUACAGAUUAGCAUUAGUAAACCUAAUAAAUUAACUAUCAAAACUAAUAAAAUUAAAAUCAGCAAAUUCAAUAAAAUUUAAAUUAAUAAAAUUUAAAUUAAGAUUUUUAAAUUUAAGAAAAAUAAUUUUUUAAACAAUAAGAAGAGUUAAAAUAAAAUUAAGAAUUUGUCAAGCCUCUUUAUAAAAAUUACAGCCAAUAAUAUAAAAUAGAUAAAGAAGAUUAAAUGUAAUAAUAACUUUAUAAAUCGUAACCACUGAAAAUCAAAGAACCAGAUUAUAAUGAGUAAUUAACUGAUAUCACUUCAUAAGUAAAGAAAUUUUUCCAGACAAUUAAAUAUCAAAUGGCCAGUUAAUUUACUAAAGAAACCAUUCUUUAAUCUUAUUUUAAAGAGUAAAACCAAAUGAGCACACACAUCUUUAUGUAAGGAUUUUAAUUUCCUCAAAACAUACAGACUCCAAAAUAAAAGGAAGAGUAUUACUAAAAUAUUGCUAAAGAUGACAAUUUACCCAAUAAUUGCAAAUUCAUAAAAGUUAUUAAGCUAUUUAAUAAGAACUACUACAUUUAAUUUGGAAAUAUGAAAAAUUAUGAAAAACAAGAUAUCAAUGAAGAUUAAUAUAAAUAAUUUUUAGUUUUAUUUGAUUAAAUUAAAAAUUUACAAGAACAACAACAAAAAUAAUAAAGUAAUUGA